GUUUGAAGAGUAAAGUUAUUGCGGUUCAGAGAAUCCCGAGGAGCGGAGCCCCGGCUGCGGUGAAUGGGCAGAGGUGAGUGAAACAUGUCCUGUGAGAGAUUCUGUACCGCUCUCCGAAUCACAGCAAGCACCUUGUUUGCCUUGUCAGUGCUGGCAGCCAUUACCUGCACCUACGUGAAGGGUUAUCAGUUUGGCUACACGGAGAAUUACCACCUGUCCUUUGGACUGUACGGGGCCAUCCUCGCCCUCCACCUCUUUAUUCAGAGUCUCUUCGCUUUCCUGGAGCACAGGAAGAUGAGGAAGGAAAAUCGACCCCUCAAAUUUAACAAGUCGGUCGCUCUUUGUAUAGCUGCUUACCAGGAGGACCCAGAUUAUCUGAAGAAAUGUCUGGUGUCAGUGAAGCGGAUCGCAUAUCCCAACCUCAAGGUGGUGAUGGUCAUUGACGGCAACAGCGAAGAAGACUUUUAUAUGAUGGAGAUAUUCAAUGAGCUUAUGGGCUUGGAGAGCACUGGCUCCUAUGUCUGGAAGAGUAAUUACCAUGAGACGGGGACCGGAGAAACACAUAUUACCUUCAAUGAAGGCAAGAGGAGGGUCGAGGAAACCGUGACUCAGUCUAAAUUCUCCUGCAUCAUGCAGAAGUGGGGAGGGAAGCGAGAGGUGAUGUACACAGCAUUCGCCGCACUUGGCGACUCCGUGGAUUAUAUACAGGUGUGUGAUUCAGACACAGUAUUGGACCCGGCCUGUACUGCAGAGAUGGUGAGAGUCCUGGAUGGAGACCCCAGUGUGGGGGCAGUUGGCGGGGAUGUGCAGAUCCUGAACCUGUAUGAUUCGUGGAUCUCUUUUCUGAGCAGUGUACGUUACUGGAUGGCCUUUAAUGUGGAGCGGGCCUGCCAGUCCUACUUUGGCUGUGUGCAGUGCAUCAGUGGGCCGCUGGGCAUGUACCGCAAUCCCCUUCUGCGUCUUUUCCUGUGUGACUGGUACAGCCAGCAGUUUCUGGGCUCCAGAUGCAGCUUUGGAGAUGACCGACACCUCACCAACCGAGUGCUGGGCCUGGGCUUCAAGACCAAGUAUACAGCCCGCUCCCGUUGCCUGACCGAAACGCCAAGCCGCUACUUCCGCUGGCUCAACCAGCAGACCCGCUGGAGCAAGUCCUAUUUCCGCGAGUGGCUGUAUGGUGCACUCUGUUUCCACAAGCACCAUCCAUGGAUGACAUACGAGGCUGUAGUCAGCGGCUUCUUCCCCUUCUUCCUCACGGGCACUGUGCUGCAGCUCUUCUACAGGGGUCGACUGUGGAACAUCCUGCUCUUUCUGCUGGCUGUACAAGGGGUAGGGGUGCUGAAGGCUGCCUUCGCCUGCCUACUUCGGGGAUCAGCACAAAUGCUCUUCCUAUCCCUCUACUCACUACUGUACAUGUCCAGCCUCCUGCCUGCCAAAUUCUUCGCCCUGCUCACCAUCAACCGGCCUGGCUGGGGCACAUCAGGGCGCCGCAAGCUUGUGGUUAACCUUGUGGGCCUGCUGCCCGUCUCUGUCUGGUUUGCAGUGUUGUCCGGGGGUCUGGGAUACACCAUCUACCGGGAGAGCCAGCAGCCCCUGCCCGACACUGAGUGGCCUUUCCUCAUUAUCGGUUCUACCAUAUACACCUGUUACUGGCUGCUACUGCUCGGCCUCUACCUGGGCAUCGUCACCAAGCCAUGUGGCCGCAAGCGAGAGCACUGUGACCUAGCCUUCCUGGAGGUCUAAAGCCCAGGCCCUGCUCUUACACAGCCAUAUCCACACUGGCACUGCCAACUCCCUGGCAGUAUAUGUGGCUGUGCCGCCCACCAGGGCUCUUGAUACCAUCAAACCUCCUGUUCUGUGGGAUGAGUCCAGGAGUGUUUUUUUCCUCCAAUUUAAUAAUUUUUACUUAUUUAAUAAAGAAAAACUGUAAAUGUUUAAGAAAAAGAAGUGAUGUUUCUGCAGCAUUGUCAGAGGGAGCUAGCAUGAACACCCCAAGGUGGCAUGUGGGUGACAGUUAGUACCCUGAGAUGGGUGUGGGUGAAAGUUAGCACCUUAGGGUGGAGGCGUAAAUAGAGCGUUAGUAUUAAACAGGUGCUGCUAUCAGAACCGAAUCCUGGCACAUCGCCUGAUCUUUUAUUAGAGCCUAUUUGCAUAUUUAUACUGAAUGAAACUUCAGCCUGGUUCUGCUGACGUUCCUACAGGCCACAAUGUGAACAUGAGAAACACUCUCAUUUCAGGGGAAACAAAUCGCUGAACAAGCAACCUCUUGUUUACAAUAUUGCUCUGUCUUUCGAAAAUGUAACUUAUUUUAUUUUUGUAUGAAUGUAUUUGUCAGAUUCUGUAUUUAAUAAAGCACCUGAGCUUCAGUUACUGCAGGUGAACAGAUUUUAAC